UGAAUAAAAAUAAUCACUUAGUUCGGUGUUUACAGGUGGAAACAUGCUAAAAACUUUUUCAUUCCCGUGCUGCCGUGAAUCUUCCAGCCAGCUUCCACAUUAUAUAAAAUUACAUAAAGAAACUUAGUUUCACGGAGAACAAAGAAGAUCGAACCAUUGUAUCUCUGAACAAAAAGAAGUGCAUUGAUUCACAUUUUAUAAGAAAACGUCCGGAGCAUGGGUUAUCCAUGUACAUCUACACGUUUAUUUUUUGGCAUGUUUCUAAUGCAAUUUUAAUGCCAGAUCCAAUGGGAAGCAGAAAGACAGGAUACAUGUCUAGAGUAAUAAAGGUCAAAUAUGAAGAUGAGAUGAGGCGGAUUAAUGUGAAGACUGAAGAUGGGAGACCAGACAUAUCUGUAGAGGACCUGAAAUCCAAGAUUUGCAAUCUUUUCGAGUUGAACGGGGAUGCCCAUGAGCUUAAACUAAGAUAUACAGACGAAGAUGGUGAUGUUAUUGUUAUAGCAAAUGAGGAUGAUUUUCUCGAUGCAUGUAGACAGAAUCUCUUCCCUUUUCGUAUGGAAGUAUCAUUUGGUAGAAACAAAGGAAAUUGUCUAAAACGCAGUGAAACUGGCUUAUAUAAUUUGGGGCCGUGUGGUGGAGGAGGGGGAGCAUACUGGAAUGAUGGAACAUUUGAAGGAAUAAAUGGAAUUACUGUAACCAUGGAUACAAUAUCCUUGAUUUCCAUUCAGUUUAAUUAUGCUACUGCAAAUGGUACCACUCACUGUGGAGCCCGACACGGAGGAGCAGGAGAGGCAAUUUGUACGAAAUUUGAGUAUCCAAAAGAAAAGCUGCAAAAGAUAAGCGGAUAUUGUGGAAUUGUGUGUGAUACGUGUACAGUCAUCAAAGGUUUAUCGUUUGAAACCAACCUUGCAAAAUAUGGUCCAUUUGGUGUAGCAGAUUGGGCUACUUUCGAGUUUAAUUUAAGAGCAAGAGAAGUGGUUGGUGUUUAUGGCCGAGCUUGUACUAGAUAUUUGGGCUCUAUCGGUCUCUACGUGCUUCCUUAAUGCUACCAAAAAAACUCAAGUUGGGAAAUGAAGCUAAGUCAGAGUUAUUAAUGUUUUUUGUAAGGAAAUGUUCUAAUCUGCUUUGUUUCGUUUCAAUCUGACCCAAGUGUUAUAGGCCUGUAAUAAGUUCGAAUAGAGUUAAUUCAGUUAAUUAUACUUUGCUGCUCUCAGAUGCACUAGGCUGAUCGUUGUAACUAUUUGACCUAUUUGAUCUCUGUAAUUAUUGUACAGAUGUUUUAUUAUGUAAUUUGUGAUAUGGGUUAUGAUUUAUGCAACGUUUAAUAUGAAACUCUUUAAAAGAAAUAAUUUAUUUA